GGACAAUAUAGUGUCGUAAGAGCCUCUGGCCGAGAGGUAGUUGAACUGAAGCUCUUCAAAGAUGGCUCACCUACUUUGCAUUUGCUUUGUUGAUCGACUAACUUCAUCCAUGGCUGGCGUGUUUCGAAGGUAGACCAAUAGUGUGAGGUGGUGGCUGUUCAUGGAAGAGAAAGAAAGAAGGAAAGAAAGUGAGAAAAGAAGAAUAAAAAAGCACACAAUUGGUCUACUAGUCAAAGUUUUAUACUCUUCCGAAACAAUUUACCAACUUCAAAGUUCAUGCAAAUUAGUACAAUUUUUUUCAGAACUUUAGCACCAUAUUGAGUAUUAUUUGAGGUUGUACAGAGGGUGUCCAUGAUAAAAAUCCAAUGGACCAUGAAGUGUGUUCCGUUGCUUUCCCUCCAACGACUUUACCUAACUUUUAAACCCUUUACUCUUUCAUACCGUUUUUCUUUUCCCGCUAAACUUAUUCAAACCUCUAGCAAUGACAGAGACACCUCCAUUUCCAUAUCCAAGCUACUGUCACAAUGUACUGCUUCCAAGAUUGUGGGAGCAGGUGUGGAAAUCCAUGCCCACAUCAUCAGGUUUGGAUUGUUUGGAGACCCAAAUCUGAGAAACCAUUUGGUUAAUUUUUACUCUAAGUGUCGGUGUUUUGGGUAUGCCCGGAAACUGCUUGAUGAAAGUACUCAACCAGAUUUAGUUUCUUGGUCUGCUUUGAUAUCUGGGUAUGUUCAGAAUGGGCUUGGUGCAGAAGCCCUUCUGGCAUUUCAUGAUAUGCACUUGUUGGGAGUGAAGUCUAAUGAGUUCACCUUUCCUAGUGUUCUUAAGGCUUGUUCCAUUACAAAGGAUUUGAACCUGGGGAAGCAGGUCCAUGGGAUUGCGUUGGUCACAGGGUUUGAGUCAGAUGUGUUCGUGGCAAAUACUUUGGUUUGUAUGUAUGCAAAAUGUGGGGAAUUUGUGGAUUCACGAAGACUUUUUGAUGAGAUUCCUGAACGAGAUGUUGUUUCGUGGAAUUCUUUGUUUUCUUGUUACAUUCAGCGUGAUCAUUGUCGAGAGGCGGUAAAGUUGUUCAUGGAAAUGAUUGUGAGUGGAAUUAGACCAAAUGAGUUUACAUUAUCAAGUAUAAUAAAUGCUUGUGCAGGUCUCGGGGAUGGUACUCAAGGAAAGAAAAUUCAUGGAUUUUUGGUAAAGCUUGGGUAUGAGUCAGAUCCAUUCUCCGCAAAUGCACUGGUUGACAUGUAUGCAAAAGUAGGAGGUCUUGAAGAAGCAAUUUCUGCUUUUAAGGAAAUUGCACAACCUGAUAUAGUAUCCUGGAAUGCCAUCAUAGCUGGUUGUGUUCAUCAUGAGGACCAUGAAUGGGCAUUAAAAUUGAUCAUGGACAUGAAAAGAUCAGGGCUGUGUCUGAAUAUGUUUACACUGUCAAGUGCUCUUAAAGCUUGUGCCGGACUGGGGCUUAAAGAAUUUGGUCGGCAGCUGCAUUCUAGCUUGAUCAAGAUGGAUACAAAAUCAGAUGUGUUUGUAGAUGUUGGACUCAUUGAUAUGUAUUCGAAGUGUAAGAUGAUGAAAGAUGCAAGGAUGGUUCAUUCCUUGAUGCCAAAGAAGAAUUUGAUUGCUUGGAAUGCUAUAAUCACUGGGCAUUCACAGAAUGGAGAGGAUAUAGAAGCUUUAUGGAUUUUUUCUGAGGUGUACAAGCAGCAGAUUGGUUUCAACCGGACUACUUUAUCUACAGUCCUAAAAUCAACAGCUACAUUACAAGCUAUUAAGGUUUGCCAACAAAUUCAUGCGAUUUCUGUGAAAACUGGUUACCAAUCUGACAUUUAUGUUAUAAAUAGCUUCCUUGAUACGUAUGCAAAAUGUAGCCAAGUAAAAGAUGCAGCAAGAAUUUUCGAAGAAUGCACAGUUGGAGAUUUAGUGGCUUUCACAUCCAUGAUCGCAGCUUAUGCUCAAUAUGGUCAAGGUGAAGAAGCUUUAAAGCUCUAUUCAGAAAUGCAGGACAAGGGGAUCAGGCCUGAUCCAUUCGUAUGCAGUUCUCUUCUGAAUGCUUGUGCAAAUUUAUCAGCAUAUGAACAAGGGAAACAGAUCCACGUUCACAUUCUUAAGUUUGGGUUCAUGUCUGACGUAUUUGCUGGGAAUUCUCUAGUUAACAUGUAUGCAAAAUGUGGAAGCAUUGAUGAUGCUGGUCGUUCUUUCUCAGAAAUAGCAGCGAGAGGAAUAGUCUCAUGGUCUGCAAUGAUAGGAGGACUUGCUCAACAUGGACAUGGAGAAGAGGCCUUAAAAAUGUUCGAUGAGAUGCUUAAAGAUGGCGUCCAGCCCAAUCAUAUAACUUUAGUUAGUGUACUCUGUGCUUGCAAUCAUGCAGGUUUGGUAACUGAAGCCAGAAAUUAUUUUGAAUCAAUGAAAGAGUUGUUUGGUAUUGAACCCAUGCAAGAGCAUUAUGCUUGCAUGAUUGAUCUACUUGGCCGAGCGGGGAAGUUAGAUGAGGCGAUGGAGCUUGUGAAUACAAUGCCAUUUCAACCAAAUGGAUCAGUUUGGGGGUCACUUCUAGGUGCAGCAAGAAUUCAUAAACAUGUUGAGCUUGGUCGACGCGCUGCUGAAAUGCUCUUAAUUCUCGAGCCUGAAAAAUCUGGUACCCUUGUUCUACUUGCUAAUAUUUAUGCAUCAGCUGGUUUGUGGGAAAAUGUGGCAGACGUGAGAAGACUUAUGAAAUAUAACAAGGUAAAGAAGGAACCUGGAAUCAGUUGGAUUGAGGUUCAAGACAAAGUACAUACCUUUAUAGUACGAGAUAUAAGUCAUUCAAGAAGCAAGGAGAUAUAUGCAAAGCUUGAUGAGCUGCGUGAUCUCAUGAUUAAAGCUGGUUAUGUUCCUAUGGUGGAGAUGGACCUUCAUGAUGUAGAUAGAAAUGAAAAAGAACAGCUUCUAUUGCACCAUAGUGAGAAGCUUGCAGUGGCUUUCGGGUUAAUUGCCACUCCUCCAGGAGCUCCCAUUAGGGUGAAGAAGAAUCUACGAGUCUGCGUGGAUUGCCAUACUGCACUCAAGUUCAUUUGCAAAAUAGUUUCAAGGGAGAUAAUUGUGAGAGAUACCAACAGAUUCCACCAUUUCAAAGAUGGAUCAUGUUCUUGUGGAGAUUAUUGGUGAUUGCUAGUGAGAUGAAUUCUUGCUUGUCUACUGAUUUUGAAGCAAAUAGCACAUGUGAUGGCCUAUUGAAAAGCUAUAUUCUUUAGAUACCAACUGAAACUAAAAAUUUUGGAAAUUUUGGUUUUAAUAAUUAUUAUAUAUUCCUUAUUUUUCUCCA